AUGUCUUCCAUGUAUAACCUUGUCAAGACUUCCAGACGUUCAUCGUCGAUGGAUCUCGACAGUACUUCUUCUUCUUCUGAAUCAAAGCAUCAAUCGAUGGAUAUGAUGUCCACCGUUGGCGGCAAUCUGUCUAUGACUGUUGUCAUUCAGCCACCAAGCAAACAAUCCCUUCGCUUAUCUUUCCCGGGCAACUAUCCGAUUCAGCAGUAUAGUGGACAUCGUCGAUACGAAAGUGAGGAGUCAGUGGAGUCGCAACACCGAUACACACUCUACAGCCAAGAGUCCCUAGGGGCCAUCUCGGAUGCCAGCGAUGAUCAGAACGAGGGUGGAGGUGCCCAUACCAACCAGUUGGAUCCUCGGCUCGGUUCGAGCAUCACCCUUGCUAACUGCUAUAGAGAGCCAAGGGAUCUACCCAUGAGCAAUAGCAUGAGUCCUCAAAACUCAACCGAGUCAGCUGUCGACCCACUACUCUGUGCCAAGAGGGCACCAGCCCCUACCUAUCUUUCUGCCCAAGAAUGGAGAACAACUGCCAUAGUUCCCUCGGGAUCAGCAGAGGUAAUCGACAUUAUGGAGACCGAACGGUUCACGCCACUCUCCAACUCCCUUGUCGUCCGCAACGAUGUUCAGAGGGGACUGGUCAUUCCAAGAAGGCCUACCAUCACAUCUUCUACGGCGAUCGCUCUAAGUCCUCCCCGAAGGAUAAUGUCCCCCAAAUCUGUUUCCCCAGAUAUCAUCGACCAGUUCCCUUCUCCCCCCACUUGCCGAGCCUUGGCCCGUUUCCCAAUCAAGGAACCUUCGGAGCGCUUGAGCCAGGAGACCGAAGAUGAUUGCUUUGCUGAUUGGUUACAACAGAUUCAAGACCGAUACCUCUCUCGACAGUCCGUAUUAAGCAAGCAAGAAGCCAUGCUCGAAUUCAAACAUUCGAUCCUCAGAACUUAUAAUACUGCCACCCUCAACCAAGAGAUCUCAGUCGCUUCAGAUCCAGUUCCCUUGAGAAUCAAUUCUUUCGAUUUCGAUACCUAUCAUGGACUCGCUGCCACUGAGAUGCGCAAUUCGACGUUCGCUUCUCAAGGGAUUCAUGAUCUUACGACGUUGUCGAAAACACUAACAACGUGUAAGAUCUCAAGCAGUGAGGGACAAACAAUCGAUUUAUGUGAAGAAGCAACGUUUACAGAGGAGGAAGAGAAGAAAGAACGAGAAGAGUUGAUGAAGAGCACCAAAUUAGACGAAGCUCAAUUGUGCACGAUCAAAGAUCAAGACGGGAAGAAGGUGCUUUUCAAGGAUGUCAUCCGAAAUCGUCAAACUCUCGUCAUCUUCCUCAGAUUCUUCUGGUGCGCUAAAUGCCAGGAUUACGUCCGAACUAUCUCCAAGUUCUUCGCCCCCGGAACAGAGGCUCGAAAGAAACUUGACGAAACUAAUUCGACUAUCGUCUUCAUUGGCACCGGAAGUUGGAAGAUGAUUUCUAGUUAUCGAGUAGAUUGUUCAGGAAAAUGGGCCUUCAUCGUAUUAUGCUUGGAGGCUCAAGCGAUCCCGCAACCUUACACAAAACAUUAA